CUGUGAAUGUUUUCCACACCCGAGCGAAUUGAAGCUAAGAUCGGGAAGCAUGGAACGCCCAGGAGAAACUUCUUGCGUGAACUUGUAAACGAGUUCAAGGAAACCGUAUCAAUCGAGUACAAAGAGCAAAUUUUGGCGAAUCUCGCCAAUUUUGCGUACGAUCCGGUGAAUUUUGGCUUCCUGACCGAGCUGAAUGUGGACAAAUUAUUCCUCGAUUGCCUCACGCAGGAAGCAGUGAAUACAGACAAAUUGCGGGAAUUCGCUGUGAAAGGAAUCUUGAACCUUUGUCCCGAUGAUUUCCUUAGGAAUCGAAUCCUAACGAGAGGAGGAAUGGAACUCGUUAAAGAAGCAGUUGGAUCAUCAGAACCCGAGACUGUUUUGUCGGCGAUCGCAGUGUUGAAUGAGUUCGCAGUUCACGAUCUCCAAGAAAGCGAUCGUGCUAGUUUGUUGAAUCCCGUGUUCGUUGAACGAGUUCUAAAGUUGAAGACCCACCCGAAUCCCUUGAUAACGAAGUUAGCUCAAGUGUUUGUUGAGGAUCAUUGUAGCCAAGCCCUGAUACGAGCUGCUGUUGAGCUUCGGAAUGUGGCGAGUGGAUCGUCUUGAAUGGAAGACGAAAGAGUGAUAAUUCAGUUUUCUACAUUCCUCGAGAUAAGCCUUGGAA